UCGAACGGGACGCUCCGACGAGAGCGGUCGCCUCGUCCGAACAUAGGGACGUCACGAACUUUCUAUUACGUCACACGUACAGCUCGAGGGUGAAAUUCUGAUCGUAGAUAAUAGUGUCCCGCUAAGGGUGGUAUAUGAAGAAUUGGUUCUGUGGGAUGGUGAUUCGAUAAAAGUGCGAUGGUGCGUUGUCGAGGUGUAAAACGAGUGACCAUCAUGCAUGCCUGCACCACACUGCUGUGGUUAGUCACCUGUUUCAACGGUCUACAUGCAAUAAAAAUAGUGAAGUUCGUAGUGCCAGAAAUAAUACAAUAUGGUGUUCAAGACUCGGUAAUAUUAGACUGUGAUUACACAUACGGGAACCGAACUCCUGGCCUUAUGGUAAAAUGGUUCUUCAGGAGCAAAACAAAACCAGUGUAUCAGUGGAUAGUGACACAAAAACCUCAGGACAUUGGUAUUUUGAGGGGUCGGGUAGACUUAAAUUAUAGGGCAUCGGACGAUCCCUUGAAAAUGUAUAGAGCUCUGCGUAUAGUGAAAUUAGAUACAGACAUUUCUGGUGAAUAUAUUUGUGUAGUAUCGACGUUCCUUGAUGAAGAUGUCAAGAGCAAACACAUGACUGUUUUUGUGCCGGAGACGAGUUUCCGACUGAUUCAGAACAAGACGGAUGACGACACGGUGAACGUCAUCUGCGCUGCGGAUGGGGCAUUCCCGUCGCCGAACCUCACGAUAGCUACGCCCGAGAAGCAUCUACAAGGAGUUGAUCAUAGAGUGAAGCUAGUUAACGGGAGGUACUCGGCUGUCGCAUCUGUUACCUUAAAUGAUGCUGACCUUCCAUCUCCGGCUGAAUUCAUCUGCACGCUAAGGAUACCACAAGCGAAAUACGCUGUCAGAAAAGAAGCUAUUUAUUAUCCAGGUCCCAUAAGCACCACUCCGGAGAUGCCGACCGCGGCGGACAUGCAACUUGCGGCUGCAGUUGGUUCUAGAGAGGCUAACUGCUACACUGCAUUCACUAUGGCAUCUUUAGCAGCUCUAUCUUGGAUUCUCGUUUCAUAAACGACUGGAUUACUUUCUGACGCAAAUAUCAAAUACAAUAUUCUCUUUUCUAUCUUUUCAUUUGAAUGUUUCUCGUGAAGAGACAAAGCCAUUCUACUUGACAGUGCUAAUGUGACGUUUGAUUGUCAUACACAUAUUUUUCGGUAUCAAUGGAAACUGUCUGUUCACAGUAAUUUCCAAAAUAGAGUAAGGCUUAAUAUUACUGACACAUUCCGUAUAGUUCUAGUCAAACCCAAAGUAACCAAUACCAAACCAAAUAGGUUAAACAAGAAACAAGUUUAGAUACACGAUUACGUAAUAGUCAUGCAGAAAAAAAAUUGCUUUACGUGUAAUACACUAAGUAACGUGUGUGUUGAGAAACUAAAAUGAUUUGAAUACCUUAAAUGUAAAGAUCUGGUUUAUCAUAAAUCAAAUAUUGUUCUUGGUGUUAAAGCAUAAUUUUAAACGUGUAUAUAAAUAUUUCUUUGAAAGAAAAUGUACAGACAAUGAUGGUAGUUAGCUGUGUGGUCAUGGGCCUACAAUUGGAAAUUUCUAGAGAAUCGUCAACGGCUAGAACCGUUGAGGGGUUGCGUCUGUAGGCUUAAUUUCAUUUACCGUAAAGGUUAAAUUCACUUAAACAAUUAUUUAGGAACUGAAAUUGAAAUAAUCGAACAUGUUCUAUUGAAUGAAAAGCUAUGCAGUUACAAAUGAACGUUGAAUGAAAACAUUGUCUUGAAGCAGAUGACAAAAGAAUUUGAUAAAACUGGUAAUCAAACAAAGCUGACCUCAGACCAAUUUCAGUGAAAACUUAUCAACAAAACCAUCAUCUACGCGAUAAAAAUUUAUAAUUUUAAACGUAUGACAAUGAUGUGAUUAAGAGCAUGGUCUUAAGAAUUUCAAAUCGAUCACCAAUUCCAAAAUUUGUCAUUUGCUUCCAUGAUACGUGAAUAUGUCACAAAUAAAAAAAUAAGCUAACUUUAGCUCAUUUGUUUAAUAUAAAUAUUAAAAUUAAUUUUGUCAAAUUUCAAUAUUUAUUUAGAAAGAAAUAUUUCCAAAGACGAUAUACGUAUUACCUGUACAAAGUCAAAAAUUGUUUAUUCAUAAGUUUUGAAAAGUAAGAUACGACACUCGGAUUACGAAGAAUUUUAUUUGAACAAACUUUUUAGACAAGGUAGAAGAAAAUAGAAUUGUAAAUAAAUCCAUUUUCAAUAAGGAGAAAGACCAAUUCAUUUGCAAAGAGUAGAAAAUACAUAAAAGGUAAAGAAGCAACGAAAUAGAUUUGAAGUUUUCUGGACAACUUAUUUCACUCCAUUGUAAUUUAAUAAAACUCGGGUGUCAUAUCAAAAAACUUUUUUGAAUCUUAUGCUUACUUCGUGUUUCAAGGAGGGAUGCAAAGGUCCCUUCGUAAACAGGGUAUCGAAUUUAGUUCAUUUUAAUUUUCAAUUUUAGCCUCGUUCGGUAUGAAUUUUGGACAAUAUUGUAAAAAAGUUUCGCCCUUAUUCGUAAACUUAUUUUUUUGGCUUCAAUAACAAUCUGUUCGAUCUUAAACUGACAAAGCACAAAAUUUAAGAUUUUUUAAUAACGUUGUAUUACAUAGUUACCGCAUUAAGUACCCAGUAGGUUAAGUUUAAGCUUCAACGAAAAUUCGUUCAUGAAUAAGGGCAUUGUAAAUAUAUGUAUGGAUUAAAAAUCAUAAGUUUCUUUGAUUUAAUUAGAGUAAGGUUCUAGUAUAAUAUUUGCUGUGCAUAUUGCCGUUUAUGGAUAAGAUCCAAUCAAGACUUUUAUUGUGAAAUUUCCUAAAAUAAAAAGGAUCGUUGUGUA